CACAGUCGAGAAACCGAGGGUGUGGGGAGGAGAGAGAGAGAGAAAAGAAAUAUAACUUUUAGACUGCGCAGCUCCCUCACUUCACACAGACUGGAAAAGAGCUCAGGAACAGACUGCGGGACAAUGCCCCUAGCAAUCUUACUCUGCCUUUUCCUUUUUACUAUCCCUGCUGCAAAUGGAGAUGUAAAGUGUGAAGGACAGAAUUGUCAUCCUAGACCGACACAAGCCACUCUGCAACCUCCGACUGUCAUAUCUCCCCAAAGACCAGUCACUCUGCUGCCCCCGAGUACCCCUGGCACCCCUCAUACCACCCCGGCCAAUCACACAUCACCCACCCCGGCCAAUCACACGACACACGUACCGGCCAAUCACACGACACACGUACCGGCCAAUCACACGACACACGUACCGGCCAAUCACACGACACACGUACCGGCCAAUCACACGACACACGUACCGGCCAAUCACACGACACACGUACCGGCCAAUCACACGACACACGUACCGGCCAAUCACACGACACCCACCCCAACCAAUCACACGACAGCCACCCCGACCAAUCACACGACGGCCGCCCCGACCAAUCACACGACGGCCGCCCCAGCCAAUCACACGACGGCCGCCCCAGCCAAUCAUACGACGGCCGCCCCAGCCAAUCACACGACACAUUCAGUGUUGCCCACCUCUGUGCAUCCAACCACUCCGCCUGUGCUGGAAUCAGGAAGCUACAACGUAACGGGGAACAAGAACGUCUGUGCGAUGGCACAUCUGAAGUUACAGGUCCGGGUCCAAUAUCAAACGGCAAAGAAGGAGGUGCGCUGGGGUUUGUUCUUUAUCGAGCCAAAAAGGACAAGCUCUUCAGGAAGCUGUGGCCCUGACUUCAUUAACAUGACCCUGACAUUCCCUGAGGGAUUCCUGAUGUUCGGAUUUAAGAAGAACAGCACAAAACAAACCUUCUACCUCAAGGAACUUCAAAGUGAACUGAGAUACAAGUUCCCUGGCACCGCAGCAACCUCUUUAUACAUCGGGAAGAACAGCAGCGUGAUGAUGCUGCAGACCCACAUUGGAUAUUCCUACCGCUGUUCCAAACAAUCGGUGAUGGCUAAAAGCAACUUCUGGGUGGACCUGGUGGAUGAGCAGGUUCAAGCCUUCAAAUUCUUCAAAAAUGGGCAGUUUGGUGCAGCCGAGGACUGCCCAGAGGACAAGAGGGUCCCUGUCGUGGCCAUUGUUGUUGUUGUUAUUCUGAUUGUCCUCAUCGUCGUCGUGCUCCUAGCAUACCUGAUCGGGAGGAGGAGGCAUCCAGCCGGGUACCAGAGCAUCUGAUUUGGUCCCGUUCUGGACACCGAGCCCCUCACCCCCCCGGAGGAACGUGACAGUGGGAGCUGGGGAGAGGGGUGCAUGGAGAGGCCAGGGUCAGGGUCAGGGUCAGGGUCAGGGUUAGGGUCAGGGUUAGGG